CAACUGCAUUUAACUUCGAAUCCUCUCUUAUUAUUUUCCUCGCUCGAGCCUCCAUUCGACAGUUCUGCGAACCCUAGACUCUCUCUCUCUCUCUCUCUCUCUCUCUCUCUCUCUCUCUCUCUCUCCUAUUCGAGCUCAAUUUCUCCGUGCUUCGGUCUUAUCCUGUUCUCAAUUUCCUCACUCGAGCCUUCCUUCGACAAUUUCUGCGAACCCUAGUCUCUCUCGCUCUCUCUCCCCCGACUGUUCGAGCUCGCUUUCUCUGUGUUUCGGCUUCUGCCUCUGCUGUGCUCAAUGGAGUUUGGACCCGGUCGAAAGAGAGGGAAGCCAGAAGCUGCCUUCAACGGCAAUGGCGGUUUCAAGAAAUUCAAGCACGAAAUGGAGUCCUUUCCAACUGGUACAGGAAGCAAAUCGAAGCCAUGCACAAAGUUUUUCAGCACUACGGGGUGCCAAUUUGGGGAGGGGUGCCAUUUCUCGCAUUAUGUUCCCGGCGGCAUUAAAGUCGUGACUCAAAUUCUUGGCAGCAACCCAGCUCUUCCAUCAGCCGCCAGAAAUCCAGUUCCCCCACAGCCCUUUCCAGAAGGUCCAUCUCCUCCCACUGUCAAGACCCGCAUGUGCAACAAAUACAACACAGCUGAAGGUUGCAGGUUUGGCGACAAGUGCCAUUUUGCACACGGCGAGUGGGAGCUUGGAAAGCCAACGAUUCCGUCCUACGAAGGUCCUCGUGGCAUGACGGUGAGACCACCAAUGGGAGGUGGCAGGCUGAGCCGGCGAAUGGAGCCACCCCCUGCCAGCAGCUUCGGGGCCUCUGCCACAGCCAAGAUCAGCGUUGAUGCGUCACUCGCCGGGGCUAUCAUUGGAAAAGGUGGUGUGAACUCAAAGCAGAUCUGUCGCGUGACAGGAGCGAAGCUUUCGAUACGGGAUCAUGAGUCGGAUCCUAACCUAAAGAACAUUGAAUUGGAAGGGAGCUUUGAUCAGAUCAAGCAAGCGAGUGCAAUGGUUAGAGAGAUCAUUGUGAACAUCGGUGGUUCGGCGUCUGGGCCGCCUCCUCCUAUGGCGAAGAACCCUCCUGCUGGGCCGGGCUCUGGUUCUGUGAGCGGCUUCAAGACAAAACUUUGCGAGAAAUUUGCUAAAGGAACUUGUACCUUUGGGGAUAGGUGCCAUUAUGCUCACGGAACCGAUGAACUGCGUACAUAAGGCAAUGUGAGUCUUUAUUGGCUCCUAUAUUAGGUAUUCUAUUACUAGUUUAGCAUGACAGACUGUUAGUUAUGGCCUCUAGUUCUAGUUGUCGGUUUGUGGUUUCGGUUAUGCAAAGUAGAACAAAAGACGCAUUAUGAAAAGUUCUCCAGGCUUCGAUUAGUAAUCAAAUUAAAAAAGAAUUUAGGGUUUUA